AUCGGAAGUAAAAUUUCAAGUUUCUUUGGUAGCUCAAAAGAAGACGAGAACAAAGAGAGCAAGGUUGAGGUGGGUUUAUUUUAUUUCCUGUUGCUUGCACUGUGAAGUGGCGGAAAUCGGAACUUCUCAUUGUGAUAUCAUUGGCUAACCAGUCAUGAAGGACUUUUGUCUUAAGGGCACAAGGAGACACUGCAAAACAACAGCUUGCGCGUGCAUCACGCUUUCUUGUACAUUUCUGUGCCGUCAUCGCACGACCAAGACGUGAAACUUCCUAAUUUCACGCUCUUUGGUAGACGACGAGUAGUCUCUCUUUUUUUCUUAGUCCGUCAAGCGAAACGAAAGAGAGACGGAAAUGAAUGAACAGAGCGACUGCUGGCAGUCUAGCUUUAUGGGGGGCAAUUCACUUAAGUGUUGAUUUCGCUGUCCUCGCCGGCGUCGUUGCCUAAAAUGGUCACUUUGAGUUGUUCCCUGCCCUUUUUCAGUCGUUUUCGUUUACUCGCGCUGUCAGGCGGACGUAAUUCGUAGAAGAUAGUUGACCCCGAUCCCAGCCGUUUGACGAUUUAAGGAUUUGCUUUCUUGAAGGAGGGAGAUAAAUCCGAGGAAAAAGAAGAUGAAAAAUCCGAAAAGGAAAAAACAGGAGAUGAAGAACCAAGUGUGAAAGAAGGCGACAAAACCGGGGAAAAACCAGCGGAGAAAGAGGAGGAGAAAAAAGAGCAGGCGGAAGAAAAGAAAGAAGGAGAAGAGGGGAAGAAAGAGGAGAAAGAAGAGGAAAAGACAAGUGAUGAAGAGAAAGAUGGAAAGGAGAAGAAGAAAAGUGAAGAGAAGGGAGAAAAAGAAGAAAAGAAAGAAGAUGAAAAAGAGAAAAAAGAAGAAUCAAAUGAAAAGAAAAAAGACGCCGAGAGCAAGGUAAAAGGAAAGUUUCUUUCGUAACUGCAUUCACUGUGCGAUGACAGAAACUGGUGCCACCACAGGGCACCCACACAAACUAUGUGACUCUUCGCUUGUUUGAAUAGGUCACUUUCCGAGUUCCUAAAACUCUCACUUUCAAAACGAGGCUUAGUGCAAAACCUUUCUUGUGAAAAUGAGUUUUGUUCAGUUUGCGUGAGUUUAAAAAACUAUUUUCAUGUCAAUGGCUCCGCACUUAUCUUCGCUUCUAAACAGAGGUUUGGGGCAACUACGAAAUGGCCUGUUUUGAGAAAAAUUUAUUGUAAUAUCGAAAAGGUUUGAUAUCGUAAUACCGCCAUGAAUACCCAGUUUUUGUGCGCCCUGUGUGGUCCCACGUAAGACUUGAGAACCGGAAGUCUUCUUUAGUUCCUAUUUUACCCCGAGUUUAUACUUUAAUCACUACAGUGCUUUCCCCUCGACUUAUGGUAAAUUCGUUCUUGCUAAAAGAAUAAAUCUAAUUCUGUCUCUCUUCACAGGAUGAAAAGGCAGGCAACAAGACUGAAGAAGCUAAAGCGGAAGAAAAGAAACCAAGUAAACCUGUAACUGUUCGUGAACCGCUCGAGAUGGUACUGCAACUCGACGAUGUGGCCAACACUUCAGAAGAUGCUCUGUCCACCUCGGUUAAAAAGUAUGAUUCAAAAAAUGCCUUCGUGCGUAAACUGCAUUAUAUACGGUAGCAAGUUUCCUUGGUGAUUUUAGUGGAAAAAUACGACAAGUUUUCGUUUGACAAGUAGAUAAAGGUCUUUUGUUUCACUUUGCACGUGUCUUACUAGAUUCUGUGAAACUGCGCACCUACCCCUCCCCCAACCCAACGUUAACACCGACUUCUCACUAAGGGCAAAGCGUUGGGUAAACUAAAAGGGGCGGAGUGGGUGGUUAGUAUCCCAGAAUCUAUAUACUCAUUUCAUGUGAAUUUUCACACCAACCCCUCCCAUAACCCAACGCUAACACUAUCUUCUGGUUCUGGUUGGGGGAGGUGUGGGUGAGCAGUUGCCCAGACUCUAUACACUCUUUGCUAAAUACUCAUUUCUCCCUUGGAAACCUUCCGAGUGUAAAUGACAGUGUAGUUCCAGGGAGUGGAUCAAUUCCCUGUGCCACCUCCCCCGUUUCUUUCUUUUUCCACGGUUUUGCUGUAAAGUAACAUCUUUUUCAUUGUUUUCUUCAAUUAGACUCAAGGACUUACAAGCACGUGACGAUGCUAAAUAUGCAAACGAACACGCGAAGAAUCUGUUGGAGUCGCACAUCUUUAACAUGCGCGAUAAACUUUCGGGUGAUGAAGGACAGUUACUUUCUACAGAGGAGGAGAGAGAAAAGAUUGAACAAGCUCUUAGCGAAGCCUCAGAGUGGCUGGACGACGAGGGCUGGGACUCGACUGCUGACGUAAGCUUAUAA